GAAUUCAGUUUGUUUGCAAUAUUUUGGUAACGUGGAUUCGACUUUAAAGUUGAAUAAUAAUAAAAAGUGAAUUCUAUUGUAUCCUGCGUACUGAUAAGAUUGAAUUAUGGCUCAAGCUCAUGUUCCUCUUACACCUUUCCAUCCAAGCUUGAAACAUACAGAUCGUGAAAGAUUCAUUUGCAUAUAUCCAGCAUAUCUCGAUGCAAAGAAAAGUGUACAAGAAGGUCGAAAAGUACCAAAAGAAUAUUGCAUAGAAAAUCCUACCUAUCAAGAAAUUAAAGAUGUUCUCACUGCCGCAAACAUGAAUCUUGUUAUCGAGAACAAAAUUUAUCCGAAAGAAAGGAGCAAAGAAAUACUUCAUCGAGGACGAGUUCGGGUUCAAAUCAAACAUGAAGAUGGAACUCCAAUCAAUCCUGAUUUAGCAACAAGAAGAGAAAUUUUAAAAUAUAUUGGUGGAAUGAUUCCACAACUUAAAUCUCGAAUUGCUAAUCCGAAAGGAGGUGAAUUGCCAGCACAAUCUACAAGUCAACAGCAAACUGGAGGAAAAAAGAGCAAAGGAAAGAAGCGAUAAACUUUUGCCUUAAAAGUGACAAUUUUAAGUUCUUUUUUAUUUUCAAUAUUAAAUUUGGUGCAUCAUUAAAGAUCAAAAUGAAAGAAUUAACAUUACUGCUUAUUGGAAGGAUUUGGUGUUGUUGUUCUUGAUUCUAUUGGAUAAUUCUCAUCAUUUGUGAACUUUUUUAGUUCAGGUGCCAUUGCAUUUAUGAUAUGUUCAGCAGCUCGACGAACAGCUUCCUGAGCUGGAUGAGACAAAAGUGUAAUUUUUAAAAUGUCCAUUGCUGCUGGCACAGCAUUUUCUCCAGUUGAAAGCUUUUUAUGAAGCUCAGUAACUUUGGCUUGAAGUGCUUGAAGCAUGGCUCUUUGAUAAACUGCAGCGACAACAUUUUGUACUGGUUUGUAAUCUGAAUCAGUUGGUGAUUUUUCUUCAGUCUUGUCAAUUGAAUUACUCUCAGGAAGUGCUGAUGAUGCAAGAAUUGUUUGCACAAAGCAAACUCCAAGAAAAGCGACCAAAAUUUUCAUGAUUCUUAAGUUAAGUUUUAAUGUGAAUUGAUGAAAUUCUUCACAUUUUCACUGCUUUUAUCACGAUCAACAAAAACUUUUUACUUUUAACAAAGACACGUUUGUUGACUGAAUAUUUAAAAAUUUAUAAAUUAUAAAAGUUUAUUUGAAAAAAAUCAAUGUCAUUUCAACAUUUUCAAACAUAUGUCAGGUGAGUGUCAACAAUCAACAAUAAAUUCUUUUAAUACU